AUGGCGUUGUGGACUGUGUUGAUUCAUGUGUAUGUUAUGUUUGCUGUUGUUGUGUCUUCGCGGAUUCCGCCUUCAGACAACAGAAAGAAGAGAGAGAAAUCUAUGCUGGAUUUUGUUGAUUGUGGAACUGCAGAAAAACUGAUUCACUUCCAUCACGUGGAUGCCAGUCCCAAUCCGGUGAUCAUCCCUGGGACUCUACACAUAAGCAUGUCGGGAAACGUCACCUCUGACCUGCCCAGGCGAGUCAAUGUCUACAUGGGGAUGAAGAAGUAUCUUUUCGGAUUUCCCUUCACCGUACCUUGCCUGGCAACUGGCAUAGGUUCCUGUUCAUACGAAAACCUCUGCGCCAGCCUGGAGCAGUAUGAAGUGAACGGCUGCCCCGGACCGUUACGUCACCUAGGAUUUCCCUGCCAUUGUCCUUUCUUAGCCGGGGACUUUAGCCUGACGGACAUCCCGCUCAACAUCCCCAAGAUCCAGGGAUUUGCCAGUACGCUGCUGAACGGCGACUACGAGCUAGAACUGAGGAUCAGCGAAGAGGACGGCGAAGAAUUGGGCUGUCUGCACGUGAAGUUCUCCAUGAAGAAGCGAAGCAAAGGAUGGCUCUUUAAAAUAUGA